GACGUCAUAAGGAGGAGAGACGCACAGCCAAUCCCCGCGAGGCGCGUGCUCGCCUCAGUUUUAUACAAUGGAGAAGGUGUGCAGCUCUCACACUGAUGCCGUGGAUCAACAUUUUAGAGACGCUUCGCACACGAUCACCCCGGACAGACGCACAUUUUAGUCCAGACAACAACGCCAAAUAAAGCCUGAGGAGGUUCUGACUUAGGAUGGACACUGAGGGAGAAGGUGGUCUCCGGUCUCGAUGUCGAGCCAUUCCUAAAAUGCCAGUUCUCCCUGACCUCAGUGACACCAUGGAUGAUGGACCUUCAACUAAACACCCACAAAAUGGAGAAAACUACUUAAAAACAAAUGGAAAAAUUGAAGUGGAACAUGUAAUAAGCAAAAAGCUACAACUAAAAAGAAGAGCUGAGUUUUUGAAGAGUGACCUGAUGCGUCAGUUUGACACUCAUGUCAAUGACUUUAUGGACAGUCUCAUUGAAGAAUCUGCUACCCUGGAGCCUGCGCCAGUAUCUGCUGUAUUCUCCCCGCCCCUUUCAGACAAGGAGAGGAACAAACUCCGGCAUUUUCGUCCCCCUCAUGGUCAAGGAAAACAGUUUGUGAGUCGGAGGUCUCUUCUAGAUGAAUUGUUUGAGGUCAACCACAUUAGGACCAUUUACCACAUGUUCAUUGCCCUGCUCAUUCUCUUCAUCCUCAGUACUUUAGUGGUGGAUUUCUUGGAUGAAGGCAGACUAGUUCUGGAUUUUGACCUGCUUGUCUAUGCGUUCGGACAGUUUCCUUUGGUGGUCUCCACAUGGAUUUGCAUGUUCCUGUCUGUCCUUGUGGUGCCAUACACUCUGUUCUAUUUUUGGUCCCAGAGUCAGACUGGUUCUAGCAGUUACUCCAGGCUCUGUAGUGUGCUGUUUGGUUCUAUGUAUUUGCUUUACCAGGCUUUGGGUCUGGGACUUUUGCCUGCUUAUGUUGUUGUGAUCAACAAUCUGCCACCUGCAUCCCGCUUCAUCAUUAUCUUAGAACAGGUCCGAUUGAUUAUGAAAGCCCAUUCUUUUGUUAGAGAAAAUGUGCCAAAAGUGUUAGCUUGGAACAAGGACAAAGGGAGCCCCAACCGACAGGUCCUUCAGGUUUCUAAUUAUCUGUAUUUUUUAUUUGCUCCAACUCUUAUUUAUCGAGACAACUAUCCCAGAAACCCAAUGAUAAGAUGGGGCUACGUGGCCACAAAGUUUCUUCAGGUUCUAGGCAGUCUGUUUUAUGCCUAUUAUGUGUUUGUACGACUCUGCAUACCUCAGUUUCGCAGCAUCAGUCUACAGUCCUUUGACCUGCGGGCCAUGGUUCUAUGUGUCUUCAACUCAAUCCUGCCAGGAGUGUUGGUUCUGUUCUUGGGAUUUUUUGCCUUCCUUCAUUGCUGGCUGAAUGCUUUUGCUGAAAUGCUUUGUUUUGCUGACAGAAUGUUUUACAAGGACUGGUGGAAUUCAACCUCUUUUGCCAAUUACUAUCGCACAUGGAAUGUGGUGGUCCAUGAUUGGCUUUACUACUAUGUGUAUCGUGACUUUUUGUGGAUUUCACAGAAACGUUUUCGAGCUGGAGCCAUGCUUUUUGUGUUCACAGUGUCCGCUGUGGUCCAUGAGUAUAUCCUUGCUGUCUGCUUUGGCUUCUUCUAUCCAGUACUGUUUUGCCUCUUCAUGUGUUUUGGAAUGAUGUUUAACUUUAUUCUUCAUGACCAAAGAAAAGGACCCAUCUGGAACAUAAUCAUGUGGACAUCCCUGUUUUUGGGCCAGGGCGUCAUUAUCUGUCUGUACUCUCAGGAGUGGUAUGCCCAAAUCUACUGCCCCUUAAAAGAGCCCUCCUUCUUUGAGAUAUUAAAGCCGAGAUCCUGGAGCUGUGAGAGAGGUACAAUUGCAGACUAAAAUCUGUGCUUGGAUUGCUUCCCCUGAAGAUUCUUGAGUAAAUGCCAGCCAGCUUUUCUUACACUUACAUGAUUGUUUUAUUGUAAUGCACAAAAAAUGUAUAAUGAAUAAUCCAUGAAUGUAUGUAUAGACACUUAUCAAUCAAGUGUGUUACACUAAAACAGCAAAAGCUUUACUUUGUUUUAAGUUACAGUAAAAAAAAAAAAAAAAAAAAUCUAUCUAAAGAUUUUUGAAGACUUAAUUUCUGUAUACAUACUAUGGAUUUUUAGCAUUUAAACUCAUAAAUGGUGCAACUUAUUCUUGUGUUUGCAAUAACGAAAAGGCAGCUAAAUGCAAACAUUAAUUUGAAGUAUUAUUCAGAAAAUGGUUAUUUACAGUCAAAAGACUGUAAUAGUAUUGGCUUUAACAUUGACCACAUUUGGUCAAAGAAUUUUGUAACUAAUGCACUAAUGCUACUAAUGGACUUGCACAAGGAACAUUUCAUAUAAUAGUAAAAGAAUGUAUCAAUAUAAAGUGUGUCUGAAAUACAUGGUUGUCUUAAGCUUUCAACUGAAUUGUGAAAAAGACCUUUACUUACGUCUUCUUUUUUUGAAAAUGCUUAAAAUACAAACAACCACACGGUGGCAGUGUAUUAACUACUAAAAGACCGCGUAUGCACAAUUGCCAGGACACAUCAGGAUUGUGAUUAAAUGUUCUCAUUAUGUUUUUUAGUGAGCUAUAUGUAUUGGUUUCAUAUGGCUUAAUGAGACAUGUCUUUCAUAAUGAUGUGGACUGCAGAUAUCUAAAUGCUUUGUAUUUUUGAAGCUACUAUUUAUUUAUCUGUUCGGCCAUAGUGUAAUUUAAAUUGACUGUGGAUUAAUAUUACUAUGGAAAAUAAAUGUUUCAAAC